AUGGAAAAGAGUUGGCUGACAAUAUCGCGAAAUUUGGAAGCGUAUACAGAUGGAAUUAAUUUGUUUUUGGAUCAAGCAGUUGCGAAUGGUGUUGGCCCCGAUAAGUUUAGAUGUCCUUACAAAAGAUGUUGUAAUCGAUAUACUUUUGUUAGAAAAACUAUUGUCGAACAUCUUGUGUUGUAUGAUAUGGAUAAAGAUUACAAAAAUGCUUCGUGGCGACAUCAUGGGGAAUCUUUCAUGGGAGAGCAAAAUAUUGGGAUUGGAGAAGAAGGUGUUGGGCCAUCUAUUGAAACAGGAGAUCAGUUGACUGGUAUUCAUGAUGUUCUUAAUGAUGUAUUUGUUCAACCAUUAACGGAAGAAGGUAUUGGGCCGUCUACUGAGCCCCUUUCUAAGGAAGGGCGUCCGAAAGAGGUCGAGACUUUUUUUAAGUUGCUUGAAGAGGCAGAUCAGGAUUUGUGGCCAGGUUGUAAGGAAUUUAAAAAAUUGGAGGCAGUUGUAAGAUUGUAUCAGAUUAAGUGUUUAGCAAGAAUGCCGGACGGGAUCUUCACUACGUUACUCGAGUUAAUUAAAAAAAUGUUGCCUGAUGGAGAUUGUUUGCCUGAAUCUUGUUAUAAGGCAAAAAAACUUAUAAAUGACUUGGGUCUUACGUAUGUGAAGAUUGAUGCGUGUCCCAAUAAUUGCAUGAUUUAUUGGAAAGAAACUGCAGAGUUGACCGCAUGCUCAGUUUGUGGUGAAUCAAGAUAUAAAAAUGUCAAUGAAGUGGAUGGCUCUAGAAAAAAAAUCGCAGCUAAGUUUGGAUCAGAAAUUCGAAAUGUUCGAUUGGGGUUGGCCAGUGAUGGAUUUAAUCCUUUUGGAAAAAUGAGGCAAGACCAUAGCACAUGGCCUGUGGUGCUUUCAGUUUACAAUUUACCUCCCUGGAUGUGUAUGAAGCAACCGAAUUUGUUGUUGUCUCUGUUAAUACCAGGACCACGCAGCCUCGGUAAAGAGAUUGAUGUGUACAUGCGUCUAUUGAUUGAUGAGUUGAAUGAGUUGUGGGAGGUGGGCACUCCUACUUAUGAUGCGUAUUCUAACCAAAAUUUUACGAUGAAGGCUGCCGUCUUAUGGACUAUAAGUGAUUUUCCGGCUUAUGGAAUGUUAUCAGGAUGGAGUACACAUGGAUAUAAAGCAUGUCCACAUUGCAUGCAUGAUAAAGAAUCUAUUUACUUGCCGGCGAGUCGUAAGAUUUGCUAUUUAGGGCAUCGACGCUUUAUUCCUGCUGAUCAUAGGUUUCGAAGGAAAACCACGAUUUUUAAUGGUCGACGAGAGCAUCGUAGUGCACCAAGGCAGUGGACUGGUUUACAAUGUCUUGAAGAACUUUGUACUUUGAGAUUUACUUUUGGAAAACCAAAGAAACAUACUUCAGUUGGGCAACGUAGAAAACGAACUGAGAGCAGUACAAGUAGUAAGAGUCAGUGGAAGAAGAAAUCUAUUUUUUAUGAACUACCUUAUUGGAGGCAUAUGUUGAUUAGACACAAUCUUGAUGUUAUGCAUAUUGAAAAAAAUAUAUGUGACAAUAUAGUGGGAACAUUGUUAGAUAUGGAUAAAAAGUCUAAGGAUGGAUUGGCUGCACGUGCAGAUCUUGAAAUCUUGAACAUAAGACAUGGACAACAUCCACGUAGGGAAGGAAAUAGAACAUUUCGACCUCCAACAUUGUUCACGUUGAAAAGAGAAGAAAAAACUGCAUUUUGUGAAGUGUUGUCUACUAUUCGGGUUCCUGAUGGUUAUUCAUCAAAUUUGUCACAAUGUGUGCAUGUGAAUGAACGAAAAAUACAUGGAUUGAAAAGCCACGAUUGCCAUGUUUUAAUGCAGCAGUUACUUCCGCUUGCAAUACGUGCGGUUUUGCCUAAAUCUGUUACUAUGAUAUUAUUAGAGUUGAGUGCAAUUUUCAGACAAUUGUGUAGCAAAAAGGAGUCCGAGGAAGGUUUCAAGCAAUUAAAUUCAAGAAUUGCCUUGACAUUAUGUCAAUUGGAGAAGAUAUUCCCGCCUGCAUUUUUUACUGUAAUGAUGCACCUCCCAGUUCACUUGGCAGAUGAAACAGCUAUUGCAGGGCCUGUUCCAUAUAGAUGGAUGUAUCCAAUUGAACGGUAUUUGCAAACACUGAAGCGUUAUGUUCGUAAUAUGGGUCAUCCUGAAGGUUCUAUUGCUGAAGCAUAUUUGGUGGAUGAGUGUUUGUCCUUUUGUUCCUUGUAUCUUAGAGAUGUCGAGUCUCGUCGCACUCGUAGAGGUCGAAAUGAAGAUGGUAUUGGACGUGGAGUAUCUGGUGGGUUAUCAAUUUUUCACUCCAAAGGAUGUUAUAUGGGUUCAGGAGAAAAUGUGGAGCUUGAGUUAAAUGUUCUUGAUCAAUGCCACAGAUACAUUCUAAAUAAUUGUGAUGAGGUCAGCCCAUUUAGAAGGCAACAUGAGGAAUUCUUGAAAAAUCAACAUCGUCGAGCAAGGCUGACAAUGCGACAAAUCAAGGAACUAAGCAAGAAGGAAUUUCCAGAAUGGUUCAGGCAACAUAUUAAUUCAAGAUGUCAUGCUAAUGACAACUUGAUGUCUGAAGACUUGUGUUGGCUAGCCAAUUAUCCUAGUAGGGUUGUGACGAAAUAUAAAAGUCACAUUAUUCAUGGGUUCAGAUUUCGUACAAAAUCUGUGGACGAUAAACAUAAGAAUCAAAAUUGUGGUGUCUUUGUACCUGCAAAUGUCCCUGGUGCAAUUGGGCAAGUGAAUUGUUAUGGCAGAGUCAUAGACAUGUUUGAGGUUAGAUAUUGUGGCCCUACCGAGGCAGGAGACAGGGGUCGAGCUGUGAUGUUGUUUAAGUGCGAAUGGGUUAAUAGUGAAAGUCCAAGAGGUAUGAAGACUGAUCAAUAUGGAUUUACUUUAGUAAACUUCAAUCGAUUGGGAUUUAAAGAGGAUCCUUUCAUAUUAGCUUCACAAGCAUUACAAGCAUUUUAUGUGGAGGACACAAUUGAAAAAGAUUGGCAUGUUGUUGUUCGAACGCAACCGAGAGAUUUAUUUGACGUAUUGGAGGAUAAUGAUGCUCUUGAUGAUUAUGCCAUACCUGAUUUGGAUGAUCGUUUACUUGACAAUGAAAAUUUGCAAACAAGGGUUGGUGUGGAAGAGACUCAUUUUCACGAAGUAUUACCGUUGCCUACCCAGUUCCCUGAUUUUGUCAAUGCCGCCGAUGACCUAACAGAAGAUGAAAUGGAAUAG